AUGGAACAGGAAUUUGCUGUUCAUUACAAAUGCAGAAAAUUACAAUAUGCUAUAGUUCUUCAAGCAAUCUGUGAUGCAGAUUUACUUUUUUUAGAUUGUUUUGCAGGUUAUCCAGGAUCAGUAGGAGAUUACCGAAUUUUUCGUAAUUCAGAUAUAUACAAAGAAGUUCGCAGAAAUAUCCCUCCCUUCUUUCCUAAAGAUGAAUACAUCAUUGGUGAUAAGGCAUAUCCGGUUUUAACGUGGUGUAUUCCUCCAUUUCGAGACAAUGAGCGCCUUACACAAAAGAAAUUUAAUCUAGUAAUAUCACAAAAACGACAAACUAUAGAAAGAGCUUUUGCUCUUUUAAAGGGAAGAUUUCGACGACUGAAAUUUCUUGAUAUGUCUCGCCUGGACUUAAUACCAUUUUUUAUCAUUGCGGCCUAUGUCCUUUAUAAUAUUUGUUUAGAAAGUAUAGAUGAUGAUAUAGAGGGAUUUGUAGAAGAAGGACGUGAACCAUAUGAGGAGGAAAAUGAAGACAAUAGAGAUGAUCCCGAAUAUAAUGAUAGAGAAUAUAAUUUUGGUGAUGGUGAAAUUAAGCGAAACUAUCUAUGUCUUAGAGUUGCUGGGAGACAGUAAAUCAAAUUAUUAUAUUUAAGAUCGCUUUUACAUCCUCAGAUGCUGUACAAGCGGUUUUAUUGA